GCAUUAUGUUGUAGUGUACCUUUUCUGUCCGGGUUGGUGUGUUGUCACCUAUAUUUAUUGGGAAACUCCUUAACUUCACCUGACUAGGUUUGACGACGGGUAUAUUGUACAUGAACACUUGUUUCUUAGUAACUUUAUCAGUAAUUUCCGUGAAUAUUUUGGGGGAAGUGACUCUCCAGUGUUCAUCAUGACAAACCUUAGUCCAUCGGCUGACACAGGAGCUGGGUGUCGUAUGAAGGCUGGUAGCAAGGAAGAGAAGGCACAUACGGGACAGGUGAGGUGCCCAGUGGAGAACGAGGAAAUGCCCCAGGCUGGAGACCCUGAACAUUGUUUGAAACCCAGAAGCUUGGGUGUCCCAUUACCUAAUGAUGUGGAGGAGGAUGGCUGUCCUGUAACCUACCCAACACUGAUCAGAGUCACAGGUAUUAAACCAGAGGAACCUGUCACUGAGACAGAUGACAAACUCAUCCAGCCACAUCCUGAUCAACUGAUCAAACCAACCCUUGACAAAAUCCUACCAAUCCCUGACAAGUAUAUCAAAGGAACAUCUGACCCGCUCAUCAAAGGAACACCUGACAAUCUGAAUAGGCCAAUGCCUAACGAAGCUAAAACAGAUUCCUCGGGGGAUUCACCGUUAAAAAUGGGGGUGAAUGUGGAUGUAUCAGAGAGGACAGAAGAGCUGUCCCAACGCCCUUCAAAGCCAUCAAUUGAUAAGGCAGCCAAAGAGCUGAGCAACCUGCUGAAGACACUGUCAGUCAAGGAUGAAGAGACACAAGCUGACAAGGAGGAUGACAGUGUGGAGUCCAUAUUGAAGGAGAUUGACUGUAGUUUGGCAGAACUAAGGUUGAUCACGUCGGUUGAUCACAAGUUGAAGGGUCGGGGUUUUGGAGAUGAAGACACUACUGCACUACAUGACAUGAGCUGGUACCAGUGGGGUCAGGCAUUGGAUCUCCAACCUGCAGCUGAACUGGCUAACUUCUUCAGUAGGGAAAAUGGAGAUAUGUUUGGUAAUCAGCAAAAUGUGGAUCAGCUAGGGGGGACAAGAACGAGUACUGCUCCCAGUUUUGGCUGGGAUGCAAAUACAGGCUUGAAUUCCAUAAGGCAGGCCUUUCCUGAUGGCACCACUCUUUCAACUGUGAACAACCCAGGUUUUCAAAAGUACCUACAAGACACAACAGGUCCACCCAGCUCUACCUACCAGUACCCAACAGAUUCAGGGUUUGAACAGAGCACACCAACAAGUUAUUUAGGCCUGCUUACAUCUUAUGAGGAGCCUUCGUCUCAGCUGUCGGAUGUGCUGACAAGCGAUGGUUUGGUGUCUUCUGCCAAACGUACAAAGUACAUUUAUGAAGAUAGACCAGCGAUGCCUACACCAGUUUCCAGUCAUCCCACUUCUGGCACCACUCAGUUACCUCCCUUACCCAGCUCUUUUUACACCAGCACUCAGCCUCCAAAUAUUUAUCACAGUUCAGUGUCCGUCAACAACACAGCAUCCAGGUCUCCACUGUCUAUUACAUCUUAUUCUCCUGCCUACAAACUCUCCCCGGGGUACAGCCCUUACCACUCACCGUCAUCUGGUUACUAUGAGGAUACCUCCUCCCCAGGCAGUGUCUUUUCUCCCUGCCCCUUCUCAGCCUUACCAGACUCCCCCAGGUCUGUGAACCCCACUUCCCCGUCAGACUCCAGCUCUGGCUCACUGUCCCCUAACAACUCCCCAACAGACUCUGGCCUCUCCUCUGCCCUCUGGUCACCAUAUAGUCAGCCGCACUCUGUCACCUCCAGCUACCCAUUUUCACCAGGUUCAUCAGAGAUCUCCUUGAAAGGAUCUCUCUGUCAGUCUUCAGUUCCACAGCCACAGACAUGCUACACAAGGCAAGGCAGCACAGUCCCUCCAACUCAGUAUGCUGGACAAGGUAGUGCUGUCACUCCAACUCACUACAAAGAACAAGGUAGCACAGUCCCUCCAACUCAGUAUGCUGGGCAAGGUAGUUCUGCGACUCCAACUCGCUACGCAGGGCACUGUAGCCCACUCACCCUAACUCACAACAAUGGACAAGGUAGCCCAAUUGUUCAGCCAUCAGCGGAUCGAGUGAGUUCCCGUUCUCCCACAGCCUCCACAAUGCCAGCCUCCACACUGACAGCCCCCACAAUGACAGCCCCCACAAGUUACCCACCCAACAUAGACUUUAGUCAUUUGUUGUUUGAGUACACUGAUGAAGAUGGUGACAGCAUUCUGCACACAUUAAUCUUGAUCUAUGAGAACCUAUCAGCCUGUGGCAAGCAGAAGUCAGCGAGUUUCCUGGAGUACAUAGCUCAGAAUUUUCUCAGGCAUCCAUUCAUGAAGCAUAAGCUGAACAAACAAAACAACAAGUUACAGACUCCUCUGUACCAGUCCGUUCAGAGACAGCUGCUUCCUGUGGUGAGCCUGCUGAUGAAGUCAGGGGCAGACCCCAACAUCCAGGGAAGGUGUGAGAAGCUGCCAGAAAGAAUACCUCGGCUGGAAGGCCCUCUUCAUGCAGCUGCCAGUCUCGGAGAUGAAGGUCUGCCAUUGGUCAUCUGUUUAGUGAAGGCGGAGUCGACUGACAUCAACCUACAAAACACACUGGGUGAAACCCCACUCCACAUUGCUGCCAAAGAACAUGGCUCAAUCUACACUGACAGAGAAGGCCAGACUAGAAUCAAGAGCUGUGUCAGGCUGGUCAAGCUACUGAUGGGUUUUGGGGCCGACACGCAGGUCAAGGACUUCAAGUCUGGGAAGACUCCUGUUAUGUUGGCUAUAGAAACAAAAGAUAUCAUUUUGGUGAAGACGAUAUUGGAAUGUUGUAACCCGCGAGAUACUCAUGCACUCCUUAAUGACGGCACCUACGACCUGAACACUUGUAUGCACCUGGCCCUAGGACUGCGAGGGAUGGGACAAGCCAAGCAUGUGGAACUGGUACGCAUGUUACUGAAGAAAGGGGGUGAGGCAGAGAAUGAGAACAACACUAACCUCAAGGCCAAGGAUAUGGCACCUAAUGUUUUUAAAAAGGCCAGCAAGAUCUCAGGUUAGCAGGACUGUUCUGCAUCUGUUAAUGCUGAGUGUUGAGAUCCAGGCCAUCUUCAUCCAGGGAUCCUGUAGGUGAGAGAAGAUGGCCUGAUCAUCUACAUUCCUCUGUGGAAGUGUGGAGAAUAACAGACAGGAUUUGGCCUGUAUAUCAACAUUUAGGAACCCUCUGUAGGAGUGUCAUGAGUAACGGACAGGAUUUGGCCCAUACAUCCAGAUUUAGGAACCCUCUGUAGGAGUGUUAUGACAGACAGAUUUGGCCCAUACAUCCAGAUUUAUGAACCCUCUGUAGGAGUUUCAUGAGUAACAAACAGGAUUUGGCCUGUACAUCCAGAUUUAGAAACCCUGUGUGGAAGUGUGGAGAGAAACUAACAAGAGGUGGAAUAUACAUUCAGAUUCAUGACACUCAGCUACAGUGUUGCAUUUCUCAGUGUGAAGACUGAGCAUGUUUCGUGCUAAGCAGAAUGACUCUCCUUCAGUGUAUGAGAACAUUAAUCUGACAAUGGCAAAAGAGCGCCAAGGUAGAUUGAUACACAAUUUGGCAUUGGUGUAUGAUUUUAUAGGCCUAAAUGUGUGUAUAUAUAGAUGAGUUAUAAUGACGAAUGUUGAGUGGCAGCUAACAAAUAAUCUGUGUUUAAAAUUGUCAGAUGAUGUAAGCAGCUAAAAACAUGUAUCAUAUGUGAAUCGUAACACCUCAUAUAUCUGUCAUGGAGGUUAUUAAGACAAAGUCUAUUUUUGAUAAGGUUCAUUGACCACGUUUUGCAUAUAAGCGGGUGUAAAUUUCGGUGAUUUUUAUACAUUACUGCCUUGCUCUCAUAUGUUCUUGUGGUAAUGAAUAUUGGUUAAAAUCAGGGAGGCCAGGGAUCAUUGUCCAUGGGUCGGUCAUCUGCAGUCCAGAUUUGGCUCUCCUGGCACAACCAAUUGUGUUCAUGAGACUAUCUGAGCAAUCUCGCAGAUUAUUUAAGAUCUUUGGCAGAGGUACACUAGUUUGAUCUUUUGAGAUGUCCGGACAUUUUGACUUUUCUUUUGUGUAGGUAAGUCAUUGCUGAAGCAUGCAGCCGAAGCCGAUCUGAACUAGACUAAUUACGUCACCUGCUCAGACUUAUGUCACCUGCUCAAAUGCAUAUCACCUGACCACCAUAGAUCGUCUGCGGCCUCUUGGGUGUUUGGGGUGUACCAUGUGAAGGCCUUUUUUGGAGUCUGUCUAUUUCCCUCCAUUGUCCACGAUCGUGUUAGUGAAAUAUUCAUAAGUGCGACGAUAAAUCCCUGUAGAAUAAGAUAUUUGUCAGUUUUCCUUAAGUGGGUGUUUAAAGCACAAAUGAAAUAAAAAAAAUAUAUAAAAGCGAAUGACGGACGUGGUUGUUGCAUGUAUGCAUGCACGUGUUGUUAUGGUGAACAACUGAAUGAUGCUAAGCUUCUUCCAGUUCAUCCACAUGCCACCACUUCUGAUAAUGUUUUUAUUUUCAGUUUUUAUCCUG